AUGAAGUACCAGCUCGUGAAGUUAGAUGCCCUGCUGGAAGAGGAACAGGAGUCUUGCGAGACAGCAGAAGCGGAAGUCCGUCGCAAUACCGCUGUUGAGGAUGAAACUAUGCGUCAACGAUGCGAUCAUGAAAAGUGCACGAAGAAUGCUGAGGGAUCCAAAUAUAUCAUCAAUGAAUUGAGGAAAGUUUCGGAGCGUAGCAAGGAAGCCACGCCACAAAUCACAAGAUACGCAGAAGAGUGGAAAAGGCUCACGGCACAAAUCGAGAGCGGACAAAGAACUGCAGGAUUGGAAGGAGCAAAGAAAAGAAGACUCACGGUCGAGCAGUCCAAGAACGGGUUGCAAAAGGAGACAUGGAGGUUUCGAAAUCCCGCCUCGGAAUUACAGAGGAAGCCUGAAGAGUUCGCCGACAAAAUGAGACGCAGAGAAGAAAUCAAAGUUCUGAUCGAUAUGUGUGAAAGGGCACUGGAAACCUCGAAGCCCUGUUCUUCAAGAUGGUCCGGUUCGAGACGAGGAAGGCCAGAGCACGAUCGUGAGACUUCGCGGAGAUCGCAAGCUGAUAAGAGAACAGCUGAUGAGGCGUGGUAG